AACAUGAUGAAGAACAUGGAGAACAUGAUGAAGAACAGCUGGAUCUUUACUUGCUUGUGUGUGAACACAGCCGGAAGUACCAGUGAGUGAAUGUGGGUCAGAGUUCAUCAGAUUGAGGAGGACCGGACUCAAACAACUGCUGAACUUCCCGUUGACGCUGUUCGGUCACCGCCGGUUCCCCGGUGCUUCUCCCGAACACAAACCGGGAACCUGCGGCUGAAGCCUCCGUUAAACUGUCUAAGCUCAGACUCUCAGUCCCGGAACUAGCAGCUAGCACAGCGAGCUAACCCAGACAAAUUGUGUGUGAAGCCGCAGAGACGUGAACUGACCCCGGAGCCGCUGACGGUCGGUGGAUGAAUCGCUUCUCACCGGAAACACCGGAGCUUCAGAUUUACGGUGAACGUGAAGGUUGUUUACAUUUCUCCCUGGUCACGGGCCCCGCCCACCACAGGGCGCAAACAUGUCACCACGUCACAUCCGCUCAACUUUGAAACACGCUGCGUUAGCUGUUAGCCACCUAGCUCCUUUUUAUUUACAUUAAAUUACAACUCAGAGAAGUUUGUCAGUCGCAGCAAACAGAGUUAAUGACGUAAACACGAACUACUGUUGUUUAAAGAUGCUCAUCAACAGAAUAAGAUCCACGUCACGUGUCCUUCAGUUCAUCACGAGCAGAAAACAAACUCACCUUCUCCUCCAUGAUCCGUCACCGACUGCUGCGUUACAUGUAUGUUACAGAGCAGCUUUGACGGGCGGAGCGGUCACCGCUGCUGUUAGUCACUGAUAAACUCCGCUCCACCGGAAGAACACGGUAUGAACAUGCUCGACCACACCUCUGCUUGUACAUGCCCUCGCCAUGACAACGUGCCACACCUCUGCUGAAAGUAGAGAGAGAGAGACAGACAGGUGAGGAGUCAGAGUCCACUCAUAACCUGAUAAACAUUGUGAUGUCAUCAGGUGAUGUCAUCAGGUGAGCAGCAGGUUUACCUCAGACCUGUUUGUCCUGAACUCGUCUCACUGCUCGUACCUGUCUCACCCUCCUGUUGACUGGCGGAGAGAGCGUCUACCUGCUCAGGUGAAGCUGUGACCUUGUUACGGGUGAACACACGUCACAGUUUGCUCGACACAUUCAACUGGUCGUCACAGGCAGCGGACGACAUCGACACCACAGACACCACAGACACCAUGACUAAUACCACUGAUACUCCUGAUACUCCUGAUACUACUGAUACAACUAAUACUGAUGAUACUACUAAUACUACUGACACCACUGAUACUACUGACACCACUGAUACUACUAAUACUACUGACACCACUGAUACUACUAAUACUACUGACAGCACUGAUACUACUGACACCACUAAUACUACUAAUACUACUGACACCACUGAUACUACAGACACCACUGAUAAUACUAAUACUACUACAACUGACACUACCAAUACUAAUACUGCUGCUGCUGCCACUUGUACUACUGAUACUACAACCGAUACUACUACUGAUAUAACUACCACAGAUACUAAGACAGUAGCUACAUGUUGUACUUCAGCUCCCACUACAACUCCUCCUGAUGAACCAGAUGAGGAGGAGAUGGAGAGAGACACGUCCACUGGAGAAGAGAAAGCAGGUGAUGACGAGCAGCUGUGUGAUCUCCUCACAGGAGCAACAGAGGACGAGUCUCAGCAGAAAUCAUCGACUCCGACGAGAGACAGACCAGGUACCAGAUCUAAAUCGUCCUUACACCAUAGAGACAAAGAGGAUCCUCCCAGCACUCUGCUGUUGUCAGGGUUACGACCAAAGAAGAAGAAAGUGCUGGUGGCUCCAGCUCUCAGUCUGUCUCUAGGUCGCAGUGAGUCCACCGUCUCUGACGACUUCCCCUCUGGCUUCCUCUCCCCCUCACCUGAAGAACACGAUGACACUGGGCUCGACCUCGAUCUCGACGCCAUGGAAACACCCUCAGACAGUGAAUCACUGCUCUUCCCGAUCUACGACUUGGAUCUGGAAGACGACCUUCGGCGUCUUGGCGUGGCGUCCCACCGUCACAGACCCAUCGGAUCCAGGUCUGUCAGGUCGGACCAGAGUGAACUGGGAGCUCUGGAGAGGGAGGAUGUGAUGGAUAGUCAGGGCACAAGGUGGCGCUGUUUCUCCACAGGUGACCCGCCCCAGGAGAGCCGGGUCGACAUGAGCGUCCUGGAGCCGUUUCUCAGAGUUCUGUCUCACGGAGGUUACUAUGGAAACGGUAUGAAUGACAUCAUCGUCUUUUCCUCCUGUUACCUGCCACAGAACCGUCUGAACAAUUAUACGUAUGUGAUGGACAAUCUGUUCAGGUAUGUUGUGGGAACUCUGGAUCUGAUGGUUGCUGAAAACUAUGUGAUGGUUUAUCUUUGUGCUGGAGGACAAAGAGACAAACUCCCUGAGUUCAGUUGGCUCCGAGAAUGUUACACCACCAUCCACAGGAGGUUGAGGAAGAACCUGAAAGGUUUCUACGUGGUUCAUCCCACCUGGUACAUUAAAGCUCUCAUCACCAUCAUCAAACCCUUCAUCAGCUCUAAGUUUAGCAGGAAGUUGCAGUUCGUCAACAGUCUUCAGGAACUUUCGGAUUUCAUCCCGACUGAACACGUUCAGAUUCCAGACUGUGUCCGACUGUACGAUCAGAAUCUGUCCAGGUGAAACUGCUGCACAAACACAUGUCCUCUUCAUAUCCAGCAGGGGGCACUCCAGUGCUCGGGGAGAUUUGAAGAAUAAAGUUUUUAAAUAUAAAUUCUCUAAACAGUGUUAACAUAUAGAAUAAAUCAUCCUGGUCCCUCCCUGUCUUUACAAGAGUGUCAAGAAAACAUGAACCCUUACCCCGAAUGUAUCAAACAUUUUUAAAGUUCAACUCGUACAAAAAGUGUCUUUCGUGUUUUUGAAGAUUUUCUUCGUGUUAUUUUUAUGUUGUUUUUUACUCAUGUAGAUUGAGAAACAAGUGUUUUCUCCUCGUGUUACACACUUAGUAUUUUCUGCAGGAGUUGAACCAUCAACCCUGUCAGGGUAAGUGCCUUGCUUCAAAAUUAUUGAAGUGAAACAUGUUUGGUGUUGAAUAAAUCACAAUGGUUCAUUGUUUGGAUUUGUAUCUGCGACUUCAUGUUGGAUAAAUGUUUGAUGAAUUGUUGAUGUGUUAGAAACACUGGACAGACU